GAGUCUGGGUGAAGCAAGAUGGCGGCGCCCGGUGGUCAAAGCGUGAGCUGCAGAGAUGUGUGUGUUGGAGCCGAGACAAGCUUUAGGAGGAAGGUCCGCGGGAAACUGCCGGCUAUCCGCGGGACCCGGCCCUCCGUGCACAACGGGCAGCUCCUGCUCUCCACCGGGGUGCCCUCCCUGGAUCACAUUUUAGGUGGAGGUAUAGCUGUCGGAACACUUCUUCUGAUUGAAGAGGACACUUACAACACUUAUUCCAAGCUGCUAUCCAAGUAUUUCCUGGCUGAAGGAGUGGUUAAUGGACAUGAAUUAUACAUUGCUUCUGCAAGUGAAGAUGCUACAAAUAUUUUACAGGGCCUCCCAGCUCCUCUGUUAGAUGAAAUACCUAAGAAAGACGACCAUAAACCUGGAUUGAAGGAGGAUACUCCAGAUACUAUGAAAAUAGCCUGGCGAUACCAGAACAUGGCUAAAGUAGAGUCCUUGCCUAUAUCGUCCUCUAGAUUUGGUCACUACUACGAUUUAUCCAAGACAAUGUCUAAAGAAAUGUUACAGACGGUGCAGAGCUCUGGUUUCUAUUUGCCAGACAUGUUUUUGGACCAGGAAAAAAACGUAUUAUGCCCCAGUUGUGAGAUGACCUGUGAUUACCACCAGCUACUUGAGUCUAUCCAGCGGGUAAUUCACGAGGGAGGUUACGAUGGAUCUAAUCCCCAGAAUCGUCAGAAAAACAUUCUCCGAAUUGGCAUUCAGUCCCUGGGAUCUGUGCUGUGGGGGGAUGAUAUUUGCAGUAGGGAACAUCCUCGAAACCUGCACAGCCUGACAAAGUUCCUGUACGCCCUCCGAGGCCUCCUGCGGUCAUCUCUGUCAGUGUGUGUCAUCACAGUGCCAGCGCAUCUCAUCCAGAAUAAAGCAAUUAUGAUGCGAGUAAGAAGCUUGUCCGAUACGGUAGUUGGCCUUGAAUCAUUUAUCGGCUCAGAGAGAGAAACCAAUCCACUAUACAAAGACUAUCAUGGUUUGCUUCAUGUCCACAAGAUUCCUCGGCUCAACAGUUUAAUCUCUGACGCAUCCGAUACAAAAGACCUGGCAUUUAAAUUAAAGAGGAAACUUUUCGCUAUUGAGAGACUGCAUUUGCCUCCAGACUUGUCAGACACAGUGAGUCGUUUAAGCAAACCCGAUCUGGCAGGAUCCGCCAAACUGCUGAGCUCAGAAUGUGGCAGCGCAGCCCCAGGCGUGGAGCACCUGGACUUCUAGUGAUUUUAUGCUGCGCAGAUAACGUCCAUAGUUUCCCAUUCGACCCAAACUGGGGUAUUCAUUUAUUUUUUAAAUGUAAUGGUUUACUUUUUUUUUU